GCCCAGCAAUAGCUCAGCUUCCCCUUUCGUCUCUCAAAUCAUCAUUCAAAGCUCCAUAUCUGUGUUUUUUUUUUUCCCUUUUCUCAGAGAAAAAAAUUAUUACAACAAUGGGUAUUUGUUCAUCUUCUCAAUACACGACAAAGGCCGACAAUCGCCUUACCUGGCCGCCGCCCACCACCACCAAAAUAAUAUACCCAGAUGGAAACCUUCAACAACUAAGUCAACCCAUCAAAGCCAGCGUUGUUCUGUCCCAGAACCCGAGUUGUUUCCUUUGCAACUCGGAGCUCAUGUAUGUGAACUCGUGCCUGCCUCAGGUACCCGGUGACGAACAACUUCAGCUGGACCAAAUCUAUUUUCUAAUGCCACUGUCUAUGUCUCAAGCACCACUUUCACUUGAAGAAUUAUGUUCGCUCGCCAUUAAAGCUGGUGCUACAUUAUCUCGUUUGAAUGAGGCUUAUUCUCACAAAGAAGUGUGCAUAUCUGGUUUAUUGCAGCUGCAACUCAUUAAAAAUGUUGUGAAACAUCAUCCCAUUGGAAUCAUAUAAAUUUAAUAUUAUUAUGGUAAAUAACCUCCAUGUCUGAAAUCAUUGAUUUUACUCUUUCUAUUUAAAAUAAUAAUAAUAAUAAUAAUAAUCUUUGUUUGUUGGAUUAAAAGCAAA